GAGAGAGAGAGAGAGAGAGAGAGAGAGAGAGAGAGAGAGAGAGAGAGAGAGAGAGAGAGAGAGAGAGAGAGAUCGCUCCUAACCUAACCUAACCUAACUUGUACGUAACCUAACCACAACUCCCCUGACCCCCCCCUUCCAGACAGCAUGGGAGUCCGCUGCCUGCACGUCCUUCUGGCACUGGCACUCCUCACCUUGACUCAGGGCUACUACUUCAACUACGAGUGCAACGUGCCCCAGAACGCGUGUCCCCCAGGGCCCCCCGGGCCGCCGGGGCCUAGGGGUGCGCCUGGCAUGUCGGGGAGUGCCGGCCUGGCGGGCGUGAGGGGACCCCCGGGGUUCAAGGGAGAGACGGCGUACGGCGUGCCGGGCCUAAAUGGCGCCCGGGGAAGGCCCGGCUCUGAUGGCAAGCCCGGCAAGGAAGGACCACCGGGACCACCAGGCAACUCCACCUUUUUCUAGGACCACCAUCUGGCAGACCCUAGGACGACCACCGCGGCUGUGCACACGAGAACCCUGAGGACCCUGAGGACCCUGAGGACCCUGAGGACCCCACUCUUCCCCCCAACCCUUCCCCUUCCUCAAUAAAGGCACCCCUGUACCGAGUGCCCCGCCCCUGCCCCACCCACCCCUGCCUCAAUAAAGACACCUCAGCAC